AUGUUUCUCAAAGCUAUGGUUGUUUGUUCUUCUAACCGAAAGGAAGAUCAAGAGGAGGAGGAUGAAUUAGAUCAAGGUGAGGAACAACAACAACAAUCACACGUUGAUAAAUCUUCAUCAUCAUCAACAGGAACUCACUCUCAUUCUAAUUCUAACGAUUCAUCAAUUAUUACAAUUGAUUUAAAACAAAGUCUUGUAGUGGUGGAUGAUGUCUCUGAUUCGAAUGCCAAAAUGAUUGCUAAUCAAUCGGAAACUAUACGAAAAUCAGUUAGAACACUAUCAAAUUCACUUCAAUAUCAGAAAGUAGAGGAUCAACCAGAGGAUAAUGUUACCAUUUCGAAAAAUAGCAAAAUUGAGAAUGCAAUAAUAUCAUCAAGAUUUGAUCUGAUUGAUAAUGCGAGUGAUGUAUCCAUGACUGGUGAUACUUUUAAAUUAAUAGCAUCAGAUAUUGUGAGAUUAAUUCCAAAAAUGAAAGUUGAUGGAAUUGAACUUGUUGAAUCAUCUUCUCCAUCAAAUUAUGAAAUUGAAGAGGCAAUUCUGAGACUUUUUGGUCAAUUAUUUCAAAAUCUAGGUUUAGUAGAGUGUUGCCGAGCAGAUUUAUUCAAUACUAAUAGUCAGGAUGAGGGUGAGGAACUAUCUGUUGAAACUAUUAAGAAUGAUAUGAUUUCAACAAUGGAGAAUGUUUGGAAGGAAUUGGAAUUAAAACCCCACAGAUUGAAUACUUUUAAAAACAUUUUAAAGAUAUUGAGUUGCAUGCAACAAGAAUCAAUCUCACAAUCAGUGAUGGAUGUCAAAUCUAAAUUCAAAUCAGAGUUUGGAGGAAAGGUUCGAUUAUUUGAUGGAAGAAUGUGGGUUGUAGAAUUGUACUUUAAUAAUUCCUCAAUAGAGGUAGUUCACUACAGAACAGAAAAGUUAUGCAGUAGUGGCAGUAAAAUUGGUCAAGAAAUCAGCAGUACCAGCACACCUAGAGUAUCAUCUGGUAUUGAGGAGGUGUGCAAAUUUGUGUGGUCUACAACAUUUACCUUCCAAUUAAUUGAUGACGAAUUGGAAUUGGAUGCAAGACCAAUUGUUGAUUUCCAAUCAAUAGAGAGCAUGAAUGACAAUUUAUUGAUUGUAAAAUCAUUUCUAUCCGAAAUAGGUGCGACCAUAGAGGAGGAAUUAAGCAGAGAAAAGUGUGAAGAGUUACUUAAGGAUCACUUUCAACAAUUUUUCAAAUUCAACUAGGAUUACAACAGAUUAAAUCAUCUAACUAGAUUAAUAUUUUUAUGUUUAUAAUAAAUUAUAACUAAAUUAGUGCU